AUGAGAGUUCCUAAAGAUGGCUUUUCAGGAACUGGCAUUUUCCCACAUCCUUUCCAUAAAAUGAUUAUGAAACCACAUCACUUCGAGAUACUCAAUUUUCUCUACAAGAACUUGGUUGUGGAAAACUCAAAUGGAUGCAUCAUAGCUCAAACUCCAUUAUCUGAGAAGACCUUCUUGAUGAUCAGUUUCAUCUAUGGUUACUUAGAAAAGCACCCAAAUAGUAAAUCUCUAUUUGUGCUUCCUAAGUGGGUGUUGAACUUAGAGGUUUUAAAGCGAUGGAUCAAAACCUGGAGUAUAAUCUUCUUAGGGGCCAAACAAUUCUCCAACAUAGUAUCUGAUAACAGUGGUGCAGAAGCUUCAGAUUCUUGUAGGGAUAUUCUCUUAAACAUUCUUUCGGUUGUUGUUUUCGACAGAGGAACUGAUCCGAGGAACGAGAUGAUGAGCUUUCUUAAGGUUGUUUCUCGUAUCAAGACGCCACAUAAGGUUCUACUCACUGGCUCACUAUACCAAAACAACAUUAAGGAGGUUUUCAACAUUCUUGAUGUUGCUUUCCCCGAGUUUCUGAAGCAUAACCAAAUUGGUAAAAAUUUCAGAAAACUCCUUAAUGUUGAAGCUGAUGGACCUUCAACGAAUUUGAAGAUGCCCUUGUUUGAUAAAUUGGAGGAAGCUUUGCUUAGUCAAGAUUCUGAUCAUGGAGACAAGAUUUGUUACUUAACCGAACUAAAGAUGUUGACAAACAAGGUUAUCUACAAUCACAAAGGAGAGUGUCUCCUUGAAGUUCCGGGAUUGAUGGACUUCACGGUGGUCUUAAAACCGACAUCAAGCCAAAAGUCAGCAUGGGAGGUUGAAAGAAAGUCCAAUGGGAAAGGUUUCAAAAAGUACUCUACCUUAAGCGGAAUCAUGCUUCACCCACUGCUAUGUGCUUUCUCAGACCGGGCAAAAGGUCUUCCUGCCCCCAACGAGGAUGAGAUGGAUGAGAUGUAG